CUGAUUGAUGCUUUUCACUUCGCCGAUACCGACACCGAUCACGUCCCUGUGGCUCUAGACCAUGCAAAUCAAAGGAACGAAAAAGGAACCAAAUUUCAAAUCAGUUUUCACACAAAGACAACUUUGCCCUUAAUGACAAAUGAGUGACAUUGGUUCCACCCGUGUCAAAGAAUUAUUAUUGAUUUGAAAGAAUGUGAAUGUGAGGUAGAAGAGAAACAAUAAAGAAAUAUUGAUGGCGAGCUUAAGCUUCCUGUGUGUUCAGUGGCGAAUUCAUGGGCAUGGCCCCCGAGGUUCAGAACUCCGCAAAGCCAUCUCCACGCUUGACCUGACGCUACAGCCGGAGGAAGUUGGUAGCCGUCAGAAACUUAUAAACUCCUCCCUUCUCCUCAAAGCCUGCAUCAGGUCUGGUAACUUGGAGCUUGGUAAACUCCUUCACCACAAGUUGAUUCACUCUGGACUCCCCCUUGACUCUGUUCUUCUCAACUCACUAAUUAGCCUCUACUCUAAAUGCGGGGACUGGCAAAGCGCGCUUUCAAUAUUCCAAGGCAUGGGCGAUAACAGAGACUUGGUCUCCUGGAGUGCUCUCAUCUCCUGCUUUUCAAAUAACUCCAUGCACUCCCAAGCCCUUCUUACCUUUCUUCACAUGCUCCAAUUCGGGAUUUUUCCAAACCAAUAUUCUUUUACGGCCUCAAUUCGAUCUUCUUCUAAUGCUCAAUAUUUUUCUAUUGGCCUUGUAAUCUUUGGCUUUUUAUUCAAGACCGGAUACUUUCAUUCUCAUCUCUGUGUUGGUUGUGCCUUAAUAGAUAUGUUUGCCAAAGGCAAUGCUGAUAUCCACUCAGCACGCAUGGUGUUUGACAAAAUGCCGGACAAAAACCUUGUCACUUGGACUUUGAUGAUUACUAGAUAUGCUCAACAUGGUUUUCUCAGCGAUGCAAUUGAUUUAUUCUGCAGUCUGUUGGUAAGUGAGCACACACCUGAUAGGUUUACUCUAACUAGUCUCUUAUCGGCCAGCGUGGAGAUGGGAUUCUUCUCACUUGGUAAGCAAUUGCAUUCUUGGGUUAUCCGGUCUGGACUGGCUUCAGAUGUCUGUGUGGGUUGUACUCUGGUGGACAUGUAUGCAAAAUGUGCAGCAGAUGGAUCAGUGGAAAGUUCUAGGAAAGUAUUUAACAGCAUGCCUCUUCAUAAUGUUAUGUCUUGGACUGCUCUCAUCUCUGGAUAUGUCCAGGGCAGAAAAGAGCAGGAAGCCAUGGAACUGUUUUGUAACAUGCUUCAUGGUCAUGUUGCACCAAAUUGCUUCACAUUCUCCAGCGUCCUCAAAGCUUGUGCAAACCUUCCUGAUUUUAGCUUCGGCAAACAACUGCAUGGUCAGACAAUUAAACUGGGCCUUUCCGCAAUUAAUUGUGUGGGGAAUUCUCUUGUUAACAUGUAUGCAAGGUCUGGAAGUACGGAUUGUGCUCGAAAAGCUUUCAAUAUCUUAUUUGAAAAGAAUUUAUUUUCGUGCAGUACAGCUAUUGAUGCACAUGCAAAAGCAUUGGAUUCUGAAGAAUCUUUUAACCAUGAUAUUGAGAACCCUGCUGUUGGAGCUGGUUCUUUUACAUAUGCAUGCCUCUUAAGUGGCGCAGCCUGCUUAGGUACAAUCGGUAGGGGUGAACAAAUUCAUGCCCUCAUAGUGAAGUCAGGGUUCGGAACCGAUUUAUGCAUUAAUAAUGCUUUAAUCUCUAUGUAUUCCAAGUGCGGAAUCAAAGAAGCUGCUCUGCAGGUCUUUAAUGACAUGGGGCAUCGCAAUGUAAUAACUUGGACCUCUAUCAUAAGUGCUUUGGCAAAACAUGGAUUUGCUACAAAAGCUUUAGAAUUGUUCUAUGAAAUGCUUGAAAUAGGUGUAAAGCCUAAUGAGGUCACUUAUAUUGCGGUUUUAUCAGCCUGUAGUCACGUUGGUUUGAUUGAUGAGGCUUGGAAACACUUCAAUUCUAUGCAUUAUAAUUAUGGUAUCAGUCCAAGGAUGGAACAUUAUGCAUGUAUGGUUGAUUUGCUUGGUCGAUCUGGAUUGCUUGUAGAAGCUAUUGAAUUUAUUACUUCAAUGCCUUUUGAUGCUGAUGCAUUGGUAUGGCGUACGUUUCUUGGUUCUUGUCGGGUUCAUCGUAACACCAAACUUGGAGAGCAUGCUGCAAAAAUGAUUCUUGAGAGGGAACCUCAUGAUUCAGCUACCUAUAUAUUAUUGUCAAACUUGUAUGCGUCAGAAGGGAGGUGGGAUGAUGUAGCAGCAAUAAGAAAAUGCAUGAAACAGAAAAAAUUGAUAAAAGAAACAGGUUAUAGCUGGAUUGAAAUCGACAACCAGAUACACAAAUUCCACGUAGGGGAUACUUCACACCCCCAGGCUAAAAUGAUAUAUGAUGAACUAGAUGAAUUGGCUUUAAAAAUAAAGAACUCGGGUUAUAUCCCAAAUACAGAUUUUGUUCUUCACGAUGUGGAGGAUGAACAGAAGGAUCACUAUCUGUUUCAACACAGUGAAAAAAUUGCUGUGGCAUUUGCUCUUAUAAGUACCCCGAAACCAAAACCUAUUAGAAUAUUUAAAAAUCUUCGAGUUUGUGGGGACUGCCAUACGGCAAUGAAGUAUAUAUCAAUAGUUACUGGAAGAGAGAUAGUAGUCAGAGAUGCAUACCGGUUUCAUCAUGUCAAGAAUGGGAAAUGCUCUUGCAAUGAUUAUUGGUAAAUGAUUCUAUAUGCAUUCGAUUGUGGUUAAACUUGGAAAUUUGAGGGUAUACAAGGAAACUUGAACCCACAAGCCAAUUGCUAUUGUUAGAGGCAUCUGUUUAUCCAUCUUUAUUUUUUUUUUCAUGAUAAGGGUAGAUGCAGCGUGUACGAUAUACCAUUUUCUUGUUUACCGUGGAGGUUAUUCCCUCUACAUAUUAUUCUAAAGUAGCCAUAUCCUCUUCUCUUUUUUUCUUUUCUCUACUUCUCAAAAUGUCAUGUCAUCCCCCCUCCCACAUUAUUGAUCUAAAGGCCAUCAUGGAUAUGAUUCGAAGUUAUAGGUUGAGAAAUCGAGCUACUUGACUAAUCUAAUUGCAAGGCAAAACCGUAAACGCAUGUUGAUGACUUCUUACGGUACUAUUGUGUUCUAAAUACUUUGAACAUCUUCCUUCCUUUUUAGCAAAGAGUUUCUUUUUUCUUUUUAAUGAAAAUGGUAUAAUUUUAUACCAAUUUUAUCAAAAUAGGUAGAUUAUAACAAAAUUACCACUUUUUGGUGAGUAGUAUUUUGCAGGUAUGGCUUUUUGCACAUAAGUGGUAUUCCAUACUCAUGAUUUCUUACUAAAUACAAAGAAGACGCGCACACGAGAAAUUUGAAUUUCAAAAUAUGAUACUAUCAAGUUGUCUUUGUAGAAGAUGACAUUCAAUUUUUCUAGAAAUAAGUAAUUCAAGAGAUGGUGAGUUUAACUCAAAACCAGAACAUUGAAGUAGCGUGUCCAGAGGACGAGUUUCAUUUUUCUUUUUUUCAAAUUCUAAGUCAUAGUGUGCAUGACUAUAGCUCAAAACCGUUCCAUAUUGAAAUUGUGUGUGCAGAAAACGAGUUUCAAUUUCUUUUAAAUUAGAAUUUGUGCCUUGUUUGCAUGCCUUUUGCUCACUGUGAGUGUUGUAAUUCUCUCUCCGCCUAAUCUCGUAGUUGUUUCUUCAUUCUCAUUUCCCUUUUCAAAUUUUCAUUACCUCACUUUCCUACUUCAAAUUUGACUUUCAAUUCAUCAUUACCACAUUCCCUUUU